AUGGUUGCAAGUCUAACUUGCUCGUUUUCGAAACACUCGUCGAUACCAUGUGGCGAUUCGAAGCACUAUCGUAACAUCAAAGAGUACGUACCACUCCGUAGUUGCAGGAGAGAUAUAACCAGUCACCUUCAACGCUUGAAAACAUCUCAAGCAAACAUCAAAGGUGAAUGGCAGCUGAUACUUUUGAGAGCUGGGUUAUUUGAUGAAGAUGGUGAGACGCUCACAAUCUGUCCCCUGCACAGAGAUAUUUUUGGUACUAUCUGGAAUUCAAGUAGACCAGUUGCAAAAUGCCAUCAUCCACUUCAUGGCCGAAGCAGGGCUAAGCCUGAAAGAGGGAUUUCGUUGGAAAUUUCAAAAGAAAUUCAAGUUUACUGGGGAGUUCUCGUGCCCAUUGGAUCAGGUAUUUGUGAACUGUGU